AUGGGUGACAUCAUGGCGGGGGGCGGGGCGGGCACAGGCCGCUCCAUCCCUGCAGGCUACUACGUGGGCAUGUGCUUCGCAGCCUCGGAAAAGCGGCUCUACUCCCCAGGCCAGGCCCCGGAGGCCUGGCGGCUCUUCCUCCUCCUGGCGGUGACGCUGCCCACCAUCUCCUGGACCCUGAUCUACUACUGGUCCCGGGACCGGUGGGCCCGCCACCCGCUGGCCCGCACCCUAGCCCUCUAUGCCCUCCCACAGUCGGGCUGGCAGGCUGUCGCUUCCUCGGUCAACACUGAGUUCCGGCGGAUCGACAAGUUCGCCACAGGGGCCCCGGGUGCCCGUGUGAUCGUGACAGACACGUGGGUGAUGAAGGUGACCACGUACCGUGUGCACGUGGCCCAGCAGCAGGACGUGCACCUGACCGUGACGGAGUCGCAGCAGCACGACCUCUCGCCGGACUCGAACCUGCCCGUGCAGCUCCUCACCAUCCGCGUGGCCAGCACCAUUCCUGCCGUGGAGGCCUUCGACAUCCGGCUGAACUCCACAGAGUACGGCGAGCUGUGUGAGAAGCUCCGGGCGCCCAUCCGCAGCGUGGCCAACGUGGUCAUCCGCCAGAGCCUGGGCGACCUGUUCCUGGAGACCUUUGCCUCCCUGGUGGAGGUGAACCCAGCAUACUCGGUCCCUAGCAGCCAGGAGCUGGAGGCGUGCAUCGGCUGCAUGCAAACCCGUGCCGGCGUGAAGCUGGUGAAGACCUGCCAGGAGGCGGCGGAGGGCGAGUGCCAGCAGUGCUACUGCCGCCCCAUGUGGUGUCUCACCUGCAUGGGCAAGUGGUUCUGUCGGUUCGAGUGUGCGUGUCCAUCUUCCUGCAGCUUCACCACCCCCGAGGCCCUGAAGCCCCGGCCUCGGUGUGCGGACUGGGCCAGCGUCGUGGAGGAGGAUGAAAUGAGGACCAGGGUGAACAAAGAAAUCGCAAGAUAUAAAAGAAAACUCCUCAUCAACGAUUUCGGAAGAGAAAGGAAGUCACCGUUGGGAAGCAGUGACUCAAAGGCGCCGUGCACAGUGCCCGCCGACCUGGAGACGGACGAGAGUGUCCUGAUGCGGAGGCAGAAGCAGAUCAACUACGGGAAGAACACCAUGGCCUACGACCGCUACAUCAGAGAGGUCCCGAGGCACCUUCGCCAGCCCGGUGUUCACCCCAAGACCCCCAACAAGUUCAAGAAGUACAGCCGGCGCUCGUGGGACCAGCAGAUCAAACUCUGGAAGGUGGCCCUGCAUUUCUGGGACCCUCCGACCGAAGAAGGGUGUGACUUCCAGGAAAUACAUCCCGUGGACCUCGGGGAAAUGGAGACCGAAUCCACAGAAAGCAGCUCCGAGUCCCAGGCCAGCUCCCAGGAUCACAGCUUCGACAUGUACUCGGGCACCCCCACCAAGGUGCCACACCUGGACUGCCACGUGGAGGACGAGUUUGACUUGGAGGCGUGUUUGACUGAGCCCUUGAAAGACUUCUCGGCCAUGAGCUAACCUGCCCGCGGACCGCAGAGCCAGGGCCGAGCAUGCGUCGCCCGUGUGCCACGGGGGCUCCUGUUAAUAGUUAUCACCUGGUGAAUUGUUAUUCUUGCCUUAUUUUUUAAACAAUUUUAUGUAUAGUGAGUGUAUUUUGCGUGUUUUUAAUCGUAAAUGCAAUUAAGCCCAAUGACAAUUGAACUUGAAGCAAUCCUAUGACAGACUUAAUUGCUUGGUCCCCACCAUCCCCCAGUUCACCCGACAAGCACACUGGAACCAGUUUCCACCGAAUUCCAGAUGCCAAGUUGCCGCUGGUAGGUGGUGGUGUGGGUGUCACCGUGCUCAGGGGCCGGUCUCGUGUCGGCUUCCUGGACUGGUAUCUGAGUGUUCUCACCUUCGGGCCCUUUCAUGUCUUUAUGGAAACUUAAUUUUUGGCCUUUUGUCAGUAUGUCAGGGUGGCUUUUCCUGCACACAGAGCACUGACCAGUCAGACACUGAAGUCGUAAGUUACUAAGUCACGCAGUCCAAGUUGGGUCUUUGUAAAUAGUGCCAGGUAGGCCUCUCCCAGUAAUGCUCCAGGAGUUACGGCAGCAGAGGGAUUUAGAAAGAGCAUUUCACACAGUUCAUUCACCAUGUAAAAUUGCUGUAAAUGAUGAUGUAUACAGAUUUCCUGUUCAAACAUUUUAAUUGUAAACUUCUUGUUAAGACUGUUGUUAAGUUGUAUUGCUUUUGUACGGAAUGAGAUUGCAAAAAUAAAAGAGCCUUUAACUGAU